UCAUUUGGACGCGUGAUCACGCGCGCUACGGCGCAGACGCGCGUCAGCCAUGGGCGAGCGGUGGUGCUUCCCUCGUGGCGCGCUGGCUUGGCUCUUCACGCUCAUGCUGUGGCUGGCGAGGUCUGUGGUGAGUGAGACUGAGACCGACGCUAUCCAAAACAUCACCCUGUUCACACGUAUCCUGGACACUCUGCUGGAUGGCUAUGAUAACAGGCUGAGACCAGGGCUGGGAGAUCGAGUCACGGAGGUGAAGACCGAUAUUUAUGUCACCAGUUUUGGGCCGGUGUCAGACACAGAUAUGGAGUAUACGGUGGACGUGUUCUUCAGACAGAGCUGGUGGGAUGACCGGCUGAAGUUCCGAGGCCCCAUGAACAUCCUGCGCCUGAACAACCUCAUGGCCAGCAAGAUUUGGACCCCCGACACCUUCUUCCACAACGGCAAGAAAUCAGUGGCUCACAACAUGACCAUGCCCAACAAGCUACUGCGCAUCAUGGAGAAUGGAACCCUGCUGUACACAAUGAGACUCACUGUCCAGGCGGAGUGCCCGAUGCACCUGGAGGAUUUCCCCAUGGACUCUCACUCGUGUCCUCUAAAGUUCGGCAGCUAUGCUUACACUACCUCAGAGGUGACCUAUAUUUGGACACGGAACGCCUCCGAUUCGGUGCAGGUGGCUCCAGACGGCUCCAGGCUCAAUCAGUACGACCUGAUGGGCCUAGGUGUCAACAACGAGACCAUCAAGUCCAGCACAGGGGAGUACACUGUGAUGAUGGCCCAUUUCCACCUGAAAAGGAAGAUUGGCUAUUUUGUGAUCCAGACGUAUCUGCCCUGCAUCAUGACAGUCAUCCUUUCCCAAGUGUCCUUCUGGCUCAAUCGGGAGUCUGUUCCGGCAAGGACCGUUUUCGGUGUGACAACAGUCCUCACCAUGACAACCCUGAGCAUCAGCGCCCGUAACUCUCUGCCAAAGGUUGCCUACGCGACGGCCAUGGACUGGUUCAUCGCAGUGUGCUAUGCCUUUGUGUUCUCGGCUCUCAUCGAGUUUGCCACCGUCAACUACUUCACCAAGCGAGGGUGGGCCUGGGACGGCAAAAGUAUUGUUAACGACAAGAAAAAGGAGGCGUCCGUCAUGAAGAAGAACAAUGCCUACGCCGUAGCGGUGGCAAACUAUGCCCCCACCAUCGGAAAAGACUCCACGCUGCCGACGGUCUCCAAGAGUGCCAGCUCGGACCCCGGCAAGGCUCGGACCGAGAUCAAGGUGGAGAGCAAGAAGACGUUCAACAGCGUGAGCAAAAUCGACCGCAUGUCGCGCAUAAUCUUCCCCGUGCUCUUUGGAAUCUUCAACAUGGUGUACUGGGCCACCUACCUGAACAGAGAACCUGUUAUUAGAGACAUGGUGCCCUCCACAUAAAAAGAAA